CCUGUGGCUGCUUAUCGGGUAACCAGAGCCGGCAGCUUCGUCCACGCCUGAAACAGGAAGCCCAGGCCUGUGCACGAGCCACCGAGAGCCGGGGGCAGAGGAUGGAGGAGCAGCGGGCGCUCGUGGCUGCCAAGGACGGGGAUGUGGCCACCUUGGAGCGGCUGCUGGAGGCUGGUGCCCUGGGCCCGGGCAUCACUGAUGCCCUGGGGGCCGGCCUGGUACACCAUGCCACCCGGGCUGGCCACCUGGACUGCGUCAAGUUCCUGGUGCAGCGGGCCAAGCUGCCCAGCAACCAGCGGGCCCACAACGGGGCCACGCCAGUGCACGAUGCUGCCGCCACAGGCAGCCUGGCUGAGCUGCGCUGGCUCAUCCGCGAUGGGGGCUGUGGUCUGCAGGACCAAGAUGCCUCAGGCGUCUCCCCACUACACCUGGCUGCCCGCUUCGGACACCCGGUGCUGGUGGAGUGGCUGCUCCACGAGGGCCACUCGGCCACACUGGAGACGCGGGAGGGGGCCUUGCCGCUGCACCAUGCCGCUGUCAGCGGGGACCUGACCUGCCUGAAGCUCCUGACAGCUGCGCACAGCAGUGGCGUGAACCGGCGGACGCACAGCGGCGCCUCCCCGCUCUACCUGGCCUGCCAGGAGGGCCACCUGCACCUGGCGCAGUUCCUGGUGAAGGACUGCGGCGCCGACGUGCACCUGCGCGCCCUCGACGGCAUGAGCGCGCUGCACGCGGCUGCCGCCCGUGGCCACUACUCGCUCGUCGUGUGGCUGGUCACGUUCACUGACAUUGGCCUGACAGCGCGGGAUAACGAGGGUGCCACGGCCCUCCACUUUGCAGCCCGAGGCGGCCACAUGCCCAUCCUAGACCGACUCCUACUGAUGGGCGCCCCCAUCCUGAGAGACUCCUGGGGUGGGACCCCCCUCCAUGAUGCAGCAGAGAACGGGCAGAUGGAGUGCUGCCAGACCCUGGUUUCCCACCAUGUGGACCCCUCCCUGCGGGAUGAAGAUGGUUACACAGCAUCAGACCUGGCAGAGUACCAUGGGCACCAGGACUGUGCCCAGUACCUGCGGGAGAUGGCCCGGCCGGUGCCGCUCCUGAUGACACCCCCACCACCACCGUUUCCCCCACCUCCACUGUCAGCUGCACGGUGCUCUCUGCAAGAUGAAGGAAGAGGGGGUGCAGGUCUCAGGAGCCCCGCCUCCGCAUCUCUCAGCCCAGUCUGGCCUGACCAGCCCAUCCCAAGGGAGCAAAUGACCUGCACCACACCCCCGAGGAUCACCACCAGCACCACGGCCACCCCCACGGGGACAUUGGUGGUGGUGGCCGGGGAUGCCCCGGAUGGCCUGGCUGCGCUGCAACUGGAUGAGCUGCCCUCUGGUGACAUUGAUGGGCUGGUGCCUACAUGGGAUGAGCGCGGCCGGCCCAUCUCCCUGCUGACCCUGCCUUCCUAUACCCAGGACGACGGCGGGGGCUCAAACCCUGCAGAGCAGGCAGCUUGGCGGUACUCGCAGACCCACCAGGCCAUCCUGGGCCCCUUUGGGGAGCUGCUGACCGAGGACGAUCUGGUGUACCUGGAGAAGCAGAUCGCAGACCUGCAGCUCCGGCGCCGCUGCCAGGAGUACGAGAGUGAGCUGGGCCGGCUGGCAGCUGAGCUGCAGGCCCUGCUGCCCGAGCCCCUGGUCAGCAUCACCGUCAACAGCCACUUCCUGCCCCGGGCGCCUGAGGCUGAGGAGGUCCCGGCCCCAGCAGAGCCCGCAGACCCUGCAGAGGCCCCGGAGGCUGGCCCCGGUGGGCAGCCCCUGCCCUUCUGGUGCAGCCACAUUGCCCGCCUGGUGCGCAGCAUGUCCCUGCUGCUGAAGGGCAUGAAUGGGCUGGUGCAGGGCGAGGAGAAGCCGGCCGCUCGGCCCCCGCAGGACCCCUGCAGGAAGGCCCCCGCCAGCCCGCCUCGGAGUGAAGCACAACGUGAGAUCCAGGAGUGGGGGGUGUCCGUGCGGAUGCUGCGUGGCAACUUCGAGUCAGCCCCGGGCCCACCCUGUGGCUCCAAUCCCAGCCCCUGUGAGCUGGGCAUCCAGCCCGGGCAGUGCCCGAGCGGCUGCUGGCCAGCCUCCACAAAGCCCCGAGGUCCGAUCGGAGGGGAGCCCGGGCCAGGGGAUGCAGAGGAGGCCAGCGACUCGGGCAUCAGCUGCGAGGAGGCCCCGUCGGAGGCCGGUGCGGCGGCCGGCCCGGACCUGGCCAGCCUGCGCAAGGAGCGCAUCGUCAUGCUCUUCCUCAGCCACUGGAAGAAGUCAGCCUAUACACCAGCCCUCAAGACGGCGGCCUGCAGGACCCUGGAAGCCCGCCGCACAGGGCCAAGGGGACAGGAGGUGACCAGGGGACCUCGGCCGCCCUCCCCACCGCCCAGCGAGGGCCCCCGGCUGGGCCACCUGUGGCAGCAGCGCAGCGCCAUCACCCACCUGCUGGGCAACUGGAAGACCAUCAUGGCGCACGUGCCGGCCCGGCAGCUGCGGAGGCUGAGCCGGCGGCCCCGCGGCUCCCUGUCCCCCGAGCAGUUCCUGCCCCACGUGGACGGGGCACCCGUGCCCUAUGACAGCCUCUCGCUGGAUCUCUUCAUGCUGGGCUACUUCCAGCUCCUGGAGUGCGACCUGCCUGCCGAGGAGCGCAAGAUGCGCCACUUGCUCUGCUUCGAGGUCUUCGAGCACCUGGGUGCCCAUGGCUGGGAGGCCGUGCGCGCCUUCCACAAGGCCGUGACCGAUGAGGUGGCUGCCGGCCGCCGAGCCUGGACAGACGGCUUUGAGGACAUCAAAGCCCGCUUCUUCGGCUCCAGUCGGGGCCCUGCCUGGGAUGCCGAACCCGGUCGCAAGACGGGCCUGACCCCACUUGGGCCCCUGCCGCAUGCUGCCGUCCCCAGCACUGAGCCCACGGCACAGCGGCUAGUGUCUGGCUCCCAGCGGGGCAGCUUCAACAGCGAGGACAUCUGCGGCUACAUUGACCGAAGCUUUGCCUUCUGGAAGGAGAAAGAAGCCGAGAUGUUCAACUUUGGAGAGUGA